CAGCAGAGUGACGUCAGUAGCCGCUCUUCUUCAGCUCCCUGCUGACCGAGCUACCCAUCUUGUUCGGUAGGGGGCGGUGUGCACAUUGCAUUACAUGGCAAAUGUGCCGGGAAAUUGAUUGAAUUGCCGGGUCUUUAGAGGACGCAUCAUGGCGCUCCUUCAAAUUGGUCAAACACUGAUAGAAUUAGCUAAUAUGGUAGAAACUAAUAAUAUAUCACAGUCUGAUGCCCGUGACAGAGUAGAACACGUCACAGAGAACUUGGCUGCAUACUCUGCAGUCACAGACGUACACAUUAAUGAGGUUGCCAUAGUAAACCUCUCUUCUGUCCUGGAACGGCUGGAUGCUGCGGAGCCUCAAAUGGGACGAGGACGACCAACCAUCCUCAUCCCGUUCGAGUCCAUAGAAAACUAUUUAUUAAAUGGUUUAAAAAUAAAGGAAAUAGCGGAGCUGUUCGGCGUAGGCCACCAGACCAUCCGUCGGAGGAUGCAAAGCAACGGAUUGAGGUAACAGACUCCUUAUUACUGUUAUUUGUAAAGGGACCGUGUUCACAACUAAACAUAGGCUAUUUGUUGCCAUUUGAUGCUUUGUGCCAAAGUUAUAACCUGAUCACUGUGAUGUCAUAAGGGAUACAGUAUAGUGAACUGAUGAUUAUUGAAAUAACUCCCAACAGGGGAAUGGUUUCAUUCUUGAAUACUCUUAAUCGAGUAUUCAAGAGAGCUGUGUUUUAAAAAUAAUGAAUAGGAUACAUAAUAUUUUAGCCAAAGUUAUUGUUAAUUUGCCAUUAACAAAACGUGGACGUGAUUUAUUUAGUUGACCAUGUCAACUCUGCAAUGUGCAAGCAACCACACGGAGUUCCCAAGUUGUGCACCCGACUUCAGUAGAAUGUCAGACAUGUAUUCUGCACUGAGUGAAGAAGAGCUGGAUGCAGUCAUUGCAGAAAUCCACCAAAGUCACCCUAACACAGGAUACAGGAUGAUGAAGUCAUUCCUUCAUGCCAGGGGACUGCUAGUGCAAAUUACAAGAGUACGUGACUCCUUAAAAAGAGUGGACCCAAUUGGGAAUGAGGUGCGGGCCAUGGCCAAUCGGACACUAAGACGGAGGCAAUACUCUGUUCCUGCACCAAAUGCAAUGUGGCACAUAGAUGGAAACCACAAAUUAAUACGCUGGAGAUUUGUUGUUCAUGGUGGAAUAGAUGGCUUCAGCCGUUUAAUUGUUUAUCUGUCUGCUGCAACGAACAAUCGGGCAUCUACUGUGUUGGAGAGCUUCAUUGGUGGCAUCAACAAAUUUGGUUUGCCAUCACGUGUGCGCUCUGACAAAGGUGGUGAGAACAUUGAUGUUGCCCAAUUCAUGGUGGAACACAGAGGAGAGAACCGGAACUCUCACAUUACUGGAAGAAGUGUCCAUAACCAGCGGAUAGAACGCCUAUGGAGAGAUGUGUACAUCCAAGUCCUGGACCCAUUCCAUGUUCUCUUUCGAAACCUAGAAAGAGAAGGAAUGUUGAAUCCUGAUGAUGAGUCAUAUUUUUGCACUCCACUGGGCUUUUCUGCCUCAACAACAGAGGCAACUGGCCUUCUUCAUGGAAGCUUGGAACCGUCAUAGCCUGAGAACAGCAGGUAGCCAGUCUCCCUACCAACUUUGGGCAUCAUUCAGAAACCUUGAGGAUCCUGAUGAGGUGGAGGCAGACUAUGGUAUCGAUUGGGAUGGACCGUACGGCUUUGAUGACCUUGGACGUCAAAGGGAACAAGUUGAAGUACCUCAAGUGCAGCUGCAGCGACACCUGACUGAGGAGGACAUGGCUAGCUUACCUGACCCCAAUGUUCCCUUCUUGGAUGCACUGGACAUCUACACAGCCACACUACAGCAGUUGAUGCAGUGACAGUCUCAGUCUCCCCCUCCCCUUCUCCUAUCCAGAACUACAACCACUACUGAUAUGGCAAGAAUCAAACCCAGCAUUUUGAAAUACCGGUAACAGCAUUACAGUCAAUUAAGUUCACAUGUAAAGGUUAUAGUGCAUUUUAGUUGCAUUCUGGAAGCAAGAAGCACAACAUUUUAUUUUUGAAGUUGUCUUUAUUCCACAACCUUAAACAUUUGUCAAUAAAAUAUCACACUCCUUAACUGUAUGAAAUUAAAAUUUCAACAUUAUUAAACGGUUUA